ACCGACCAUAAUGCUUUGUUGUUCGCUCGGCUACGGCAGCCGAGAGCUGCCGAAAUUAUUUCCUUACGGAAGCGGAGAACGACUUCAGUCAGCUGCAGACUGCGUGGUAGAGUUCAGCAUGGCAACAUCAAAAUUAAUGAGGGCUAUCAGAGUGUCAGAGUUUGGAGCUCCUUCAGUUUUAAAACUAUGCACAGACCUGCCUGUUCCAAAUCCUGGUCAGAAACAGGUUCUGAUUCGAGUUCAUGCAUGUGGUGUAAACCCAGUGGAGACAUACAUCCGAUCUGGAUCCUAUGCUCGGAAGCCCAGUUUGCCCUACACUCCAGGCUCAGACGUCUCUGGUGUGGUUGAAGCUGUCGGGGACGGUGUUCGCCUUCUGCGGGCAGGUGACAGGGUCUUCACCACAGGUACUGAGACAGGGGGAUACGCAGAGUAUACGGUUGCUUCAGAGGACACGGUUCACAAACUUCCUGAUUCUCUAGAUUACAAACAGGGUGCAGCCAUCGGAAUUCCAUAUUUCACUGCAUUCCGGGCAUUAUUUCACAAGGCUCAUACCAAGCCAGGAGAGACGGUUCUUAUCCAUGGAGCCAGUGGUGGGGUUGGCAUUGCAGCAUGUCAGAUUGCACAAGCUUUUGGACUUAAGGUGCUGGGUACAGCAGGGACACCAGAGGGGAUGAAGCUGGUGCUCAGCAAUGGAGCUCAUCUUGCAUUCAACCACAGAGAAAAAGACUACCUGGAGAAAAUUAAGGAAGCUACUGAUGGACAAGGCGUCAAUGUGAUCAUUGAGAUGGUGUCCAACGUCAAUCUCAGUAAUGAUCUACAACUGCUUGACUUUGGUGGCAGAGUGAUUAUUGUCGGCUCUAGGGGUCCUAUUGAGAUCAACCCCAGAGACACCAUGAUCAAAGAGUCGAGCAUCAUUGGUGUGGCUUUGUUCUAUGCGACUAAGGAGGAAACAUCCGAGUGUGCAGCAGCCCUUUUUGCAGGAAUGGAGGCAGGCUGGUUGAAACCUUUUGUUGGCCCAGAAUACACACUUGAUAAAGCUUCCCAGGCUCAUGAAGACAUCAUCAACAGCUCUGGAGCCAGUGGAAAGAUGAUUCUCACAAUGUGAAAUUAUGCAGAAUUUGGAAAUCUAAUGUUACUUGCAUCUGGAAUUGUUAAUUGUCUUUAAAUCAAUGGUCAAAUAUGUACUUCAGUGUUAAAUGCUUAUGAGGUAAAUGAUAUUUUCAAUGAAAACAUAAAUAUGAAUAAAAUCAUUAAAAAAUAAAACAAGCACUAGAUUAAAACACUAUGUUAGAAAAUGUCUUGUUUAAACAAGUGGAAAAUAAAGAUUGACAGUAAACAAGGUAAAUAGACUUUAAUGAGAAAAAUAAUUGCAAAAUAUUCUCAGCACUAAAAAUGAAUGUAUUCAUUUAGAUUUAAUAACCUGUGGAAUCUAUUUGAUAAAACAGGAUAUAUUUGCA